AUGAUCCGAGCAGCAGAGCAAUCAGUGAACAUGCAAGGGAUGUUGGAUGCGGACGGGGAUUUCCUCGGUUCGCUAAUGCCACCACUUCACAAACUUACUGAGAGAAAGAAGAAAAUCCUCGACAAGAAGAAUCCUAUUCCUGGACCACAUCAUCCCACUUACCUCACUAUGAUCAAGGGCGCAGUUUUGGCUCUGAACGAAAGCAAAGGUGCUAGCAAGCCGGCAAUUUUGAAGUAUUUGGCACAACACUAUCAGCUAGGCGAGAAUCUUCCCAAGAUAAAUUCUCAUCUGUGCAUGGCACUCAGAAAGGCCCUUAAGGAAGGCAAUAUCGAGCAGGUGGUGUCAUUUACAAAAGGACAUGGUGCAUCGGGCAGCUUCAAAAUGAGCGCCCCGGCAGCGAAGAAAGCCGGUCCAUCCAUGGCAAAGAAAUCUUCGGUUGCGAAGCCUUCAUCGUCUAAAGCAAAAGCGAUAAUAAAGAAGAAAGCUGCGCCCGCAAAGGUUAUGAAACCGAAAGUGGCAAGAAAAGUUGUGAAGAAGCCGAAGGUACCGAAGGGUCAAGAAAACGAUUAA